AUGUACGGCAGCACAUUAAAGUUACUUGUUUAUGUAUUGCUGGUGGUGGUAGCAUUGUCUAUAUAUCAAUAUAACAUCAAUCAGACGACAACGAGAUACUUUGAGCCGAUAUUCCGUACAUUCCACACGGAUGGCGCAUCGAUCAACAAGACACUGAUACUGGCACAUCGCGGCUCGCGUUACUUAUUGCCAGAGAACACGAUGUUGGCAUUCAACACUGCGCUCGACAUUGGCGCCGAUGUUAUUGAGUGCGAUGUGCGUGCCACCUCGGACGACGGCCUCGUCGUCUACCACGACAAGCUGCUCAAGCGCACGACUGGCCUCGAAGGCACGAUCGAGGAGCGCACCCUCGCGCAGGUGUUGGCCAUCGACGCUGGCGCCAUGUUCUCGCCCGACAAUGGCACCACGACACCCUAUCGCGGCAAGGGACUGCGGAUCCCGCUGGCCCGUCAGCUGUUUGACGAGCUGCCCGUCACGACCUCAAUAAACAUCGAGAUUAAGGAGGACGAUGAGCGUGUCGCCGACUUGUUGUGGACAGAGAUGCGUCGUGCGUUCGAACAGACUGGUCGCCAGCACCGCACCGUUGUCGUUGGCUGCCGCUACUGCGCGCCAACCCUGCGCAUCCGUCAGCUGGCUGCACAGUACCAGCAGGAGAAGGGUCUGACUGACCUGCCGCUGACCACGUCGGCCUGCGAGAAGGACGUCACACGCUUCGUGCUGCUGUCACAGUUCUAUCUGGCCAAGAUCUACUACACCUGGUUCCCAAUGGACAACUUUGAGACAUUCCAGAUCCCGCCCAUCAGUGGCCCCAUCUCAUUGGACAAGCGCAAGAUCAUAGACACGGCGCACUUCUUUGGCAAACACAUUCAUUACUGGGUGAUCAACGAGGAUCACAACGUGGAGCGCAUCCUGGGCUUGGGCAUCGAGGGCAUCAUCACCGAUCGUCCCGACGUUGCCGUGCGAGUCUUUAAGCAGCAGGGCUACAAGCCCAGGUCACAUGUCAUUCCCAAGCCACUGCCUGGCAACCUGACUGGCACGUACUAUUUGCCCGAGGUGGACAUUGAAGAGGUGCACACAUGCAUCACGCCACUAUGCAUGGUGUUGCAACAUAUUGACAUGAUCGUAAUAUCAUUGGUCCUGUCAUUCGUCGUGUACAAAGUAUUGUUUGGCCGAGGUGGCAGAGCAGCCACUUCGUCUGGCAAGGCCGUACCAAGUGUGUCCAAGGUAACAAAGAUCACCAAGAAGACACAGUAA